AGCCCUUAUUACCGACAAAGAACACACCAUAAACAUACAGAACAACACCAUAAACAUACAGAACAACACCAUAAACACACAACACAACACAAUACAAAACCUUGAAGAACGUCUCCAAUAUUUUUCAAAACAACCUGUGAGGGACUGUGAGGAUGUGUACAAGGCGGGAGGGAAGGAGAGCGGAGUCCACACCAUCUAUCCCAAGAGUUCACCAGCAGGUGUGAGGGUGUACUGUGAGGUACAAGAGGGACAGUCAUGGACGGUGUUCCUCGCUCGUCACCAUCAAACUCCCAAUGAGAACUUUACACGGUCUUGGCAAGACUACAAGAAAGGCUUCGGGGACCCUGAAGGAGAACACUGGCUGGGAAAUGAGAACUUACACACGCUGACUGGUGGAGAGACACGUUACCGCCUGAGGGUGGAGGCCACCAACCUGCAGGGAGAACAACGAUAUGGAGAGUGGCGAGUGUUCCGUGUCGCUCCUGAGGACAACAGGUACCGGCUGACUGUGGAGCAGUACAACAGCAGUAGUACACUGGGUGAUGGACUGAACUACCACAAUGGCGGGUCGUUCACCACGGUGGACAGGGACCACGACACAAACCCGUCAAUAAGUAAGUGUUAAGUGUUUAUGUGAGCA